AAAAAUCUAUCAAAUACUAAUGUAAGAUUAAAAAGUCCCAACGAUUUACUCAAAAUAAAUAUUUCAACGUUUCAAUAUUAAUGAAUCGUUUUAGAAGUUGAGCUUUUCCAUGAAAUAUCGAAAUUGUACGCGUAGUAUAAGCUAGAAUCGGACAUGUUAGUCUCGUUGCGUUUCAUUAAGGAAAUACGAAGAACCGUAUUAAAAAGAAAUUUCAUCUAUCUCUGUUUAAAAAAAAACUGUAAAUACGAGAGGAAUGCACAGCUAGCGACACGUUGCAUCGUGGUAGCAAACCAUCGAACGACGUCAAUCGGUUAGACAGUCGCGUACCGUGGCUGUUCUUGAUAAGGGUGGUCGGUAAAAUCGUGGUAGGCACCCUACGAAGAAAAAUUCGACAAAAUGCAUAGCAGAGUGCGGUGAAAUUUUUCCAAGGACAAUGCCAGACAUAGAACGCUAGAAAGGGACAGAACUAUAUAGGUAAUUGGAGAAAGAGGAAUAGAAAGAGAGGUGAGAAAGGUGGGCUGUCCCGAGGCUGGUGGCCAUGAGACGGUAGUAGAUUAGGUAGACGAGGUGGUUCCUGGCUGGGAUAUCAGGGAUCAGAGGCGUGAUAGGCGGACGUAUAACAGAAGAUCUAUAGGUCUGACCAACGGCGUAGCGGCGAGCAGCGCGGGACAACCCCGAGCAAGAGUGGAACCGCGCGGAAAGCGAUCCAAUGGAAUCGCAUGGGCGCGUUGAUUGGCGGGGUUCCUCCAAUGACGGGAUGGUUAGGGUGCCGGGUUUGGCUCGGAGGUCGGUUAGAUAGCCCCGCAAACCCCUCUAGAGGAAGGCGAGUGGGAGCCCUUCUCUCACACGCAAAAGGGGACAUCUCAUCACGACUCUUGGUAGCAGGCACUUCUCCGUAGUGGGCACUCCACUCAUCGUGUCGUCGUACGGGUUCUCCGCGAGAGGCUGUGGGGCCCGAGCCCGGACGAACGAACGAACGAACGAACGAACGAACGAACAAACGAACGAACGAACGAACGAACGAACGAACGAACGAGUGAACGAAGGAACGAAGGAAGGAAGGAAGGAACGAACGAACGAACGAACGAAUGAAAGAACGAACGAACGAACGAACGAACGAACGAAGGAAGGAAGGAAGGAAGGAAGGAAGGAACGAACGAACGAACGAGCGAACGAGCGAGCGAGCGAGCGCGACCGGCCGAGCCGCUGCGCUGGUCGAGUGGGUCUAAGCGGCCGUGAGGACCUCUCCAGGAGUACCCGACAGUCCUCUUCAUUCAUUCAUCCAUCCAUCCAUCCAUCCAUCUAUCCAUCCAUCUAUCCAGCCAGCGAGCCAGCCAAGCCAGCCAGCCAGCCAGCCAGCCAGCUAGCGAGCCAGCCAGCAAGCCAUCCAUCCAUAGACGCUCUCUCCUCUCCUACGGAGAGAGAGUGUAUCCUCGACGAAGGUGGAGGCGAACUGUAGAGUGGUACAUCUACCAUCGUCUCUCUAUCGGCAGAGUCCAAGGACUCGAAGACCCCCCGGGUGAUUUCAGUCGGCCGCCGGCCGGCUCUGGCCGGCCACUCUCCUCCUCGACCACGUGUGUGUCAUUCUUCCGUUCUCGCCUUUCGUUCCGUAUCGUUUCGCAUCGCAUCGCAUCGCAUCGCGUCGCGUCGUGUCACGUCGUGCCGUGCCGUGGCUUCAUCGCUCGUGUCCUCGCUCUACGAAUCGUGUUGUGCCUUUAGGAUCUUCUUCGUCCUGCGAAAGACGUCCGAUCAGUCGUGUGCGAGCGCGAAAAGAAGCGGACGGUCGGUCGUUGGUGACCUUGGCAAACCUCUGAUCGUUGGUCGACGUUGGUUCGUCAUCGACGAUCGGUGCUACGCAGCGGUGGAUCCACAACUUGCGUAGUUGCACGGCGUGUUUGACCUCGUUCCACUUUCCGGAUAUCAUCCGACCUGGUGAAUGCAACACGAACGGAGGAAUGCGGCGAAUGACGCGGUGUCGCCGCUGGACGCGUCCAGCUGCAGCCAGCCUUCCUUGCGUCGAUAUAAUGGACGCGUUCCGCGUAUUACCGCACCGAGUCGGUUGAUCUAUCGAUGAGAACCAAAUUCUGAAUAUACGUCGUUCGGUCACCUGGACGAUGUGUCGAUCCAACGUCUUGCAGCGAUCGUGCCAAGGAUCGUUAAACAGUGUGCGAUUAUUUAUCGUCGCCCGAUGAAUGGAACCAAGUGCGGCCGUGAAUCGUUCAAAACUGUGCCAAGAGUGACGCGGUUCUUCCCUCCUUGUUUAAAUAGACGAUAUCUCCACUGAACAUCUGAAAAGAUAUAUCUUCGAUUUUAUCGUUCGACGAAACCAACGAGAAGAAAAAUAGAAUUUUGUAAGAAAAGUGGUAGAGCGUGCGAAAACAAGAAGAACGGGGAAUCGGUGAUAUCUGUAAAAAUCAUAGCGGUGGAAAAGAAGAGGCCGAGCGACGCGAAUUAAUCGCUGCGAAGCAUCGGCGAUUGGAAUUGCCCGUUGAACGCGUGCUCGGCGGUUGAAGUCAUGUCGGUAUCCAGCGGCUAGCGCCGGCCUCAGGAUUCCGCGAAGCGCGAGCUUCAAGUACCUCGAGGGCGCGGGCCUCGUCGAGAUGAGCGGUGGCAGCGGCGGGAACAGCGCCGGCAACCAGGGGAACGGCAAUGCCACCAGCUAUCACCAGCAUCAGCAACAACAACAGCAACAACAACAACAACAGCAACAGCAGCAGCAGCAACAGCAACAAACUCAGCUGGAGCAAGCUAGCUUGCUGACAGAUCUGAACGGUAUCGACCUGGCGAUGAGCCUGUCGCCCAAACAGCAUUCGUCACACGUACAAGCCGCUGGUGGCGCUCAUACCACUCCAUUCAGCGUCACUGACAUUCUCUCACCUAUCGAUAACGAGUCGUUCAGGAAGCUGGAGCAGGUGAUCGGCGUCGGCGUGGUCACGCAUUCUCAGGUAUCGCCUUACGGAAACGCGUGCGGCGCCCGUGUCGGCGGCAAUACCGGUAGCUCGAGCGCGAGCAGCGGCAGUCCACCGCUUCACGGAGGCUCGACGCCCGGUGGCGGCACACCCGGACCGGUUUCCGGUCCGAACGACGCCGCCGGAGGAGGCAGCGGCGCUGCCGGUGCCGGGUCAGGCAUGACCGCCAUGGGCAAUCCUUACGCGACCAUGCAACUCACCUCGCAGUAUCAGUACUGCGCCGCGGAAUUAUCGUAUCAUCAUGCGGGGCCAGCGGUCGCCGGAGGCGCGACCGCCACCGACCCCAUGAGAUCCCAUCAUCCGUGGUACGCGCCUACACCGUCGGCCACCAACGAUCCCCGCUUUGCCAUCUCGCGGCUGAUGGGUGCCGCGGCGGCGGGCGCCGGGACCAACAUGGCCGGCUGCCCUGUGGGCCAGUCAAUGGGCGACGUGACCAAGUCGUCAGGUAUGGGAGUGGGCGUCGGCGUCGGCGUCGGUGUCGGCAUGGGCGUCGGCGCCAUGCAAUUCCCCCACCUUCCCCAAAGACGAAAGCGUCGCGUUCUGUUCACUCAGCAGCAGGUUCACGAGCUCGAGAGGCGGUUCAAGCAGCAGAAAUACCUGAGCGCGCCCGAACGGGAACACCUAGCCGCCCUAAUUCACCUUACGCCCACUCAGAGCGCUAGUUCGCCGCGACGAGUGGCUGUGCCGGUGCUCGUGAAGGACGGGAAGCCAUGCGGAAGCGGCGGCGGAGGCGGAAACGAGGGCAGCCGCGGUGGACCAAGCGCGGCCUUGGCGAGUCCAGCCCCUCACAUGACCGCGGCGUCGAGCCCUCACGGUUCUCAUCACGCGGCCUCCUCGGUGCCUCAUCACUCGGUGGUCGGUGUGAACCACGUGAUAACGUCCAGCCAGAGUCUUCAGCAUUGCUCUUACCCGAGAACUGGUACCCAGCAGAGCAUGCAGCAGCAACAGCAACCGCAAUGCGGUGCGUACCUGCCAUUCCAAGGACGGGCUUGGUAGUACAUGCCAUCCGCGGCGGGGGCUAAUCCCUCCGUCGCAGGUCCAGCUGCCUGGUAUCCUAUGGAAGACAGCCCCUAGAAGGAGUCCUGUGUCGCGUACUCCGAUCUGUGUGAGUCAUUUCUAGAACAGCUUACCUGGCCUGGAUCAUUGGAAUUGAACGACGAGAUUGAUCUAGGGGAGACUGUCUUUCUUUGGUGACGAAUACUCAUCGCAGACACUGGAAAAAGACUCGGUGAAAUUGCUUUAUCGAGACGAUACGUCUGCUUGUUAGGAGACGCAGACACGUUUAGUAAUUUGUCCAACAGACAAAGAUGGACUGAUUGUUCGAGAGAUAUGUAAGACGAGAAAAUUCUGCGUGAACCGCAGGACAGUUAUAAUUGGAGUCAGUGAUCAACGUGAAUGUCCCUCUCUUGUAUAGGGUCUGAAAUGUGCGAAUCGCUUAAGUAUCGGUUCCACGUCUGGAUCAAUGGAGGCUUUGAAAAGGUAGGAUCUCGAUGGAUCUGAAAAAUUUGGUAAUACGAAUAAGUUUCUUAGAUACAAAGUACUUAUAUCAGUUUUCUCAUUCGUUUUGACAAUUAUUAUAGAGAUAACAGUUCUGUUUCCUGUUCAGUUCGAAGAUCUGUCUUACGGAAACAGUCCUUCCACAUUUGAAGAACAUCCAAAUUUCGUGGCAUACUCAAUUUAAUUCUAUGUUGCAAAAGAAAUUUGAUAUCUACAAGAACAGAAACGAGUGUGAAACUUGCAAGAACCUUACUUGUUUAUCGUAAAAUAAAAUCUUGACAACGAGUUCCGCUGGAAAACGUGUUAGACUACUUACUAUUCCAUUAUCUACUUGCCCUCAGAGGCUAACCACGUAUAAGACAAAGACUAGGAGUAAUCAGAAUGAUAAUUCGAUGUUGAGGAUGUCAGUACUAAUCUGAAUUUAACUUCCACCUCUUUUGCAGCGAUAAAAUCCCUGCAAAUAAAUAAAAAUCUUAUUCUGCAUUCAUUAAUUCAUAUAAAAUAAUAGUUUUAACUAAAGAGAAUUUCUAUAUUAAACAUCAAUUGAAUUCCAAUUACACGAAGGCUAACAUCCUUAACAAAAUUAUUUUCUAAAUUAAGAAUACUGAGGGUUCCAGAGUCACUCGAAUGGUCGAAACAGAGUAAUUAAUUUUAAUACUAGAAAGUUUGUUAACAAAUUUGGUUUUAUAUACGACCAAAGAGGCAACGUCAGUGGAUGUGCAAACGAAAUGUCGAAGCAGAUUGCAGAAACGCGGAUAAUCUGGCCAGUACACUCGAAACGCGUCGAUUCCAAUUGCGAGAAACCGUACACCGGUUGUGUGCAUUGCGUGUGUCAUCGGAGACGCACUCUCGCAACACUGUUGCGUUGCAACAACACGUAUCUAUCAUCGAGGAAGAUUCGGAUUUCCGGUGGAUAGGAACUCCUCGAUGUGGACCAGUUACGAUCGGUUGAACGCUAACUUGAAAUUUUCAAUUAUUCCAGUUAUUUUAUUCUAAUGGACCAAAGAGAAAAUAGCUUUGUACAAAAAUAUAUCCAAAUUAAUUUGUGCAUCUUCUUGUAAACAAGAAAAUAUAAAGCACAUUAUGUGGCAAAUUUCUUUUUAUAUAAAGAUUUGAAAUGGAAGGAAUAGAAAUUUUCAGAAAAUUUAGACGCGAUUAUAAAUUAACCUCGAACAAUUAUAAUUUGCGGAAAGGAGCCAGUGAAUCAUCAGCGAAUCAUUAGGAAUCGGUGCCUGCUUAACGCGAUACUAAGAAUUUCUGAUAGGUGAAGUAUCUUCCACGACAAAUUAUAGAAUUGAGCCAUUCGAUUGACGCUGAUUCUAGGAUACAUUGGUUACCAAUAAAUCUGGAAACCUAAGAGCAAGGAAUCAUUUGGAAUACGCGACAAUGAGGUAAACCUGAAAACAACAAAUAGAAACAAAAUUUUAUAUGCAUUUGUACAGUUUAGUAGGAUUUCUUUUGUAUUUUAUCAAUUAUGUAUCUAUCUUGAAUUAUUUAUAAAUCUAUCGUGGUUUCUCUCAAAUAACUUGAUUCAAGUUCAAAGUUAAUGAUUCGAAUCAUGAUUCAAGUACAUCUUUAUACAGAUCAAUCACUUAUUGCACUUAAACGAAUCUAAAAUUUUCACAAACGUGAAAAUCCAAGUUACAGAAACUAAAAGUUUUACAGAUUUAUAAAUUUGUUGCCAUCAAGUUUCGAAUAUCCUAAAGAACCUGUCGAAAACCUUACUUCGUCAUACAUCCUAAUUACAGAACAAAGAACAAUUUAUCGCCAGAAAACGACGACAAAGAAUACUUAUUAUCUGAAUCUAAUAACAAGCCACAAACUCGUUCUCUUACAAUCCUUCACAUAAAUACAUCUACCCGCGAUUUCCUUUGAAAUGUGAACCACGAUUUCUUGGAUUCUAUGAGCGAAUGACUCAGUGGAACAGAAUCUAUUCGUGGUGAAAAGGAUGAGCGGUAAAAGAUCGACCAAUCGGCUGCCAGUCGGAGGUACAUCCGCGAAUCACGUAGUGAAAUAGUAUUCUUUCAAUUUUCACGAUUCCGAGCGGCAGAGUCGAAAAAGGCGGAGGUGAAAGAGCACGAGCAUGACUUACAUUAGAGUCGUAAGAGUCGAAACAGAUUAAUCGACCAAGCGCGUGGUUUGUUCAAUUGAACGACUCGGAUCCAACGUUUCCUUUCUUUCUCUUCGCAUGGAAACGAUGAAACCGUGUCGCGAGCGUGUUUCAGGCGGAUACGUCGAGCCGGAGACACGCGUGUACAUAGUUAGAGAUGUAUAUUAUGACGUAUUUCUCGCAUCCGGCGCGAAAUUGUAACGCGGUUUGCUUGUGCAAAAGAGAGAAUCGAUUUUCCACGGUCGACAACGACGAUGAAGACGAAAACAAAACGUGCCGAAUGUAAAAAGAAGAGCGAGAGAGAGAGAGAGAGAGAGCGCGCGAGAGAGAGAGAGAGAGAGAAAGAGAGAAAAAGGCGGCGUGCGCGCUGUGAUAAUGAGGUCACAGGUGUGAAUUCGAUGGUGUAAAUAUAAUGUGUGGUAUGCUGGUGUUUAGGCGCAUACGCGACGAAGACGACGCGAGAAAGAAUUAUAAAAAGAAGUGGUAGAAGUCGGCUCCAAAGUCGAAAAGCGGUGAGUUUCGACGACGACGCCGGUAAGGAACAUUCACGUUCUACUGUAAACGAUUUAGCAAACUCGAGCAUUAUCGACAUUAAUAUAACACACAUACACACACACACACACACACAAAGACGCGCAUACAUGUACACAUGGAUUACACGGUACAUACGUACAUACGUACAGAAAAGCGUAAAAGUAUAACGAUUGACGAAUAGCGAGUAGCGUGUGGCGGUGAAGAAAAUUAGAGAUUAUUACAAAGUUUUGUAAAUAACGACAGAGAUAUUAAUAAAACGAUACUUAUUCAAAGGAA